GUUUGAGUCUGGCGGUGCCGGUGUUACGCGGGGCGAGUACGGAUAUAGGUUGCCAUCAUGAACCUUUGGCUUCUGUUUGCUGUCUUGGGAGCUGUCGGAACACAAAAGAUUGAUAUGGAUAUUAAUGAAAAGCACAACACAGCUCUGGGGGCAUGCCAGGCAUGCAAAGCAGUAGUAAAGUCCUUCAAAGCUGCAAUGGAGAAGACAGCUCGUGGGUAUCACGAGGGUGGUGACGCCGACUGGGAGAGCAAAAAGCUGAAGAACUACGCCCACUCGGAGGUCCGACUGGCCGAGAUCCAGUCUCUGCUCUGCUCUGACGUCGUCGUGGGGAAAAGCCAGUGCCAUCACGUGGCCAACGAGGCGGAGGAGGCGCUCGAGUCGGAGUGGUGGCCGGCCGAGCCGCGGCCGGACCUGCACGUGUGGCUGUGCGUCGAGAGGCGGCGUGACUGCUGCCCGGCCGGCCACUUCGGGCCCGCCUGUCAGCCGUGUCCCGGCGGCGCCGACUCGCCCUGCUCCGGCCGCGGCCACUGCAAGGGAGCCGGCACCAGGAAAGGCAACGGCGCCUGCGUCUGCAACAAGGGCUACGCCGGCUCCGUGUGCAGCUCCUGUAACCUCACUGACCACUUCGAGGCUUACAAGGACGACAACAAGCUGGUGUGCUCGCCCUGCCACAAGGCCUGCGACGGCGCCUGCGCUGGGGCCGGGCCGAAGCACUGCGUGCGCUGCGCGGCCGGGUACCAGUGGGAGGCGGAGCUCGGCUGCUCGGACGUCAACGAGUGCCUGGAGCCGAACGCCUGCCGCGCCGACCAGCUCUGCAUCAACGACCCCGGCAAACACACCUGCCUCGACUGCGACAAAGCGUGCGCCACGUGCCACGGCGACGGGCCGGAUAUGUGCCACCAGUGCGCCGAGGGAUACGUCAAGAAGGGCAAACUCUGCGUCGACGGCGAGUUGGAGGGCAAGCAGCGCCACGUGACCGUGGCGCGCUACCUCACCUACCUGGGUCUCUGUCUGGCCACGUGCAUCCUGCUGCAGCGCAGCGUGACGCUGGCGGCCGUGGUCGGCCUGCUGGUGGCCGCCUACAUCUCGCUCUCUGAGUACCACCUGGACUCGCGCAGCCUGCUCUGACGGGCCGCUCGCGGAGCGGCGCCGGCCGGCGGCGCUGCACUGUGCGCCGCCGGCCUGUGCGCAGACUGAGCUGUGUCUGAUGCCCCGGCCGGGCCUCGUGCCCUACGCGGGUGUCAGCGGCGGCGCGCUGUGCGUCGACUGAGCUGUGUCUGAUGCCGCGGCGGAGGUGGGGUGCGCUGCGGCCGGGCCUCGCGCUGCACGCGGGUGUCGGCGGCGCCGUGCUGUGCGCCGACUGAGCUGUGUCUGAUGCCGCGGCGGAGGUGGGGUGCGCCGCGGCCGGGCCUCGCGCUGCACACAGGUGUCGGCGGCGCCGUGCUGUGCGCCGACUGAGCUGUGUCUGAUGCCGCGGCAGAGGCGGGGCGCGCCGCACGCGGGUGUCGGCGGCGUAGCCGGCGGCCGAGUCGACGGCCGACCCUCAGCCGGGACGCGUGACAGGCAACACAGGCAGAAACGAACUCGCGGCAAGGCGACUUUAAACUCGCGGCGGAGUAAACGUGAGCUCAUAGCGAGACCAAACACGGAUGGGCAACGAAACAAUGCGUUGAGAAGGGCUCAAACUUAUCGUGAGGCGAAUAAGAGUGUGGUGCAACACUGCUCACAAGUGUAUUACGAUGUGACAGGUGAUAAGAGGUGAUAUUGUACCGCUUUGGUGUUGUGCCAGCGGCGAAGUGAGUCACGAAUGUGUGAAAACAACUGGGGAAUGCCACGAACAAAGCUCUGCGUGUGUAACGUCUUUUUGGCAUUAUACGAGGUGCGUGGUGGUAAGAUGUCGGGUUUGCGUCAGAUCCUCGCAUGUCUGGUUGAGCACCUGCUACUGUCUGCACUUUAGUGGUACCUUGUUUAGAGUACGCUUCCUAAAGCCUCGUCUUCUGAGCGACAUAUUUCUUCCGGUCCUGUCCAGCGCCCCCAUAGACAUGUCACCCAUCACGUCACGCAAUCGUUCCGCGUGCUCGGACAUAUUCUGCUUGUUGCGUGUCACCGUGCAGGUUCUGCGUGUAGUCUGCGGCGGUGUGAUACGUAGGUUCAUUGUAGCUACACACUGCCUGGCGAAUAGUGUCCUAAAGUAUCUGCAACCAGCACGAACGAAAUAAAACUGUGAGAGCAU